GUAGACCAACCUUCCAUACUUGCAUUGCUCAUGACUUGUACUUGGUUAAUUUAACUUUCCUGACAUCCGAAAUAGGCUAUAUCCGAACAACGGAUGAUUCGCUUUAAGGGACAAGCUCUUCGCCCUCUGCUGAGCCACAGUUUGUUUUUGACCGUCGUUUUUAUGUAGUCUUUUAACAUGCUAAUUCACAAGUGCAUCUAGAAAACUUCAAGCUGAGCAGUGCAGGGACUGCUUUUUACGCUACGUGCUGGCAUGGUCAGAACGGAAGGAGCGCUUGAUUUGUUUUGUAGCGGAGCGCUCUAUGGGUAGAGCAUGCAUCUUUUAAUAUCACUCGAUCACGCAUAUUUUCGGCGGACAACGCUUGAACAAAAUUAUCACUUAGCCUAACACAAUUGAACAGAGGUAACAUUUAAGACUUGUGUAAAUUAAAUAGAGGACAUAAACGUGUGGUUUCUUUAGUCUUUUGAGGCCUUAUAGGCCUCUUUAUAUUUCUGAAUUUGAGUCUGUUUGAUAGUUCAGACUGAACCCUGAAUAUCCCUCCUGUACACUUAUUGUCGCCUCUAUUGCUAUGUAAAUCCUAUGUGUAAAUCCAAGCAGUCAUGAGCCGACUGUCGUGUUAGAGGGGCGGAGGUGUCGACGACGCAAAUUGUGCGACCCACAGCCGGGAGUUUUAAAAUCUGGGAACAGUUGAUCACAGCUGUCAGAUCAUCACUGCACUUCAAGAUGAGCAACUGGGGAGCUGUUGAGAUCCGGGAGCUGCUAAACAUCACUGCCCAGAAGACCGUGGAGGAGCCAUUCACGGGGACUGUGAAGGAUGGCAUGUUAUAUGAAAAGGUCGCUGAGGAGCUUAAGCGACGCGGCUAUCGCCGAGUGAAGAAUCAAGUUACCAGCAAGUUGAAAAGUAUGAGGAAAAAGUAUCACCAGGUCCGUGGCCAAAAAAGGACCGGCAGAGGGAGGGUGAGCUGGGAAUAUUUCAAGGUUUGCCAAGCCAUUUGGGGGAACAACAACUCGGAUAACUCUCAAAAUGGCCAGGGCAGUUUGGACACCACUCUCACCGGUUCUCCCACAUCAAACACCUCCGAGAAUGCCGACACCUUUGCAGAUGAGGAAAGGGACGCUGCUGACAGCCAAAGUGGCGAAGUCUCUCCCGAAAUCCUUCCAGAAAGCCCUGAAAGCCAAUCAGCACCCCCCUCUAAGAAAAGGAGGACUGCCCCCACCACCAAAGCCCAGGCUGUGGCCGAAGAAAUUAAAGAUUUCCUGAUGACCAUGGACCGAAAGGACGAGGAGAAGGAGAAGGAUUUGCUGAAGAGGGAAGACGAGCAACGGAGAUCUGAGCGGCAGGCAGAUAAGAAAAGAUGGGAGGAAGAGAAGGCAAUGCGAGAGGCAGAGAGGGCGAUGCGGAGUGAACAAUUUAAGUCACUCUCUAGUUUGUUCAAAGACACGGACCAAGGAAUGCAGAACGAAUGCCAAACAGAAAGUCUUGAAAGCCAAACAGAAAAUCUUGAAAGCCAAACAGAGCAACCCCCCCCCUUUAAGAAAAGGAAGAGCAGAGCCAAGGCUGUGUCCGAGGAAAUUAAAGAUUUCCUGGUGAAGAUGGACCGUAAGGACGAGGAGAAGGAGAAAGAGCGGCUGGAGAGGGAAGACCAGCAACGGAGAGCCGAGCGGGAGGAAGAUAAGAAAAGGUGGGAGGAAGAGAAGGCAAUGCGAGAGGCAGAAAGUUCGAUGCGGGCCGACCAAUUUAAGUCACUCUCUAGUUUGUUCAAAGACAUGCACCAAGGAAUGCUGAACGAAUUCGCUCUUCUGCGGGAGACGAUGUCACGUCUGGCAACACCCGCUGCAGCCCCACCUGCCGGGGCCCCACCUGCGCCACAAUACAGCAGCCCCCAGCAUGGCGGCCCAUCUGGGCCCAGUAGGUACAGUGUGCCGCCACAGCUGCCCAGCUUCAACCCUGAGGACUCGCACACUUCCUCCUCACCUGCAACAACUGGAAUAGAUUUUCAAACGUCCUUUUUUUAAAACAAAAACAUAUAUGUUUUGUAGGUGUCUUGUAGUUCUUUGUACUGUUGUAACCUUGUAAAUAGAUAUAAUCAUGCCAUUCUUGCAAGGCAAUGCGGCCUGAAGAAUAAAAAAAAUCUAAUUUAAA